AGAGGAGCUUCGAAACAGCGAGAAAAUCAACUACAGCAGAAUUUUCAAGGGUUACAUUAUAAUGAUUCACUUCAGUCCUGUGAUGUCGCGGAGUAUUCUGGCUCUCUGCCUCUUGGCUUGUAUUGACUCUGGCAUAAGCGCAUAUCCAGCCAAGCCUCUCGGUCCCCGGCAAGGCGCACCACCUGAAGAGCUCGCCAAAUAUUAUUCUGCACUGAGACACUACAUAAAUCUCAUUACAAGACAGAGGUAUGGAAAAAGAGACACCCCAGAUACUGUAUUUUCUGAUGUGUUUAUGAGGGAGAGCACAGAGAGUAUUCCAGGAUCAAACUACAUCAGGUAUGAUGAGCUGCCACUGUGGUGACGCUGUCAUAUUAAGGAUAACUCUGCCACAAAGCUGCUGCAAUGUCUUUAACUGACAUAAAAUGAACUUGUGCUGCAUGGAAUAUACAUUGUGUAAUGAAACUACUU